CGAUUUUAAAGAUUCGUGGCAAGCCUCACUCUACCGUGGAAACUGCGCACGUAAAAGAAAUCACCAGUGCGUGAGUGUGAAGAUUGAAGAAGCUCCCUCCCAUUCAGAGGGUUUUCCAAAUUCCAAUGGCCGAAGUCAUGAACGUGCCUCCCGAAUCCCUCGACAAAUCCCCUUCCUCCUCCGCUCCCCCUCCGCCUCCGCCUCCGCCGCCGCAUUACCCUCCCCGGCGAAGGGACCGGCGAGACGACAGGGAUUUCGAUCGCCCUCCCAACCGCCGCGGCGAUUACUAUGACCGGAACGCGUCGUCCCCGUCGUCACCGCGAGACAGAGACCCGCUGCCACCGCGAGACAGAGACCGAGACAGAGACAGUGACCUCAAGCGCCGCCGCAGCCCCAGCCCUCCCCACCGCGAACGGCGGCAUUCUCCGCCUCGACGCUUGCCUCCGCCGUACAAGCGGUCGCGCAGGGGCAGUCCUCGCGGCGGGUACGGACCUGAUGAUAGCAGACAUGGAUAUGAUUAUUAUGGUGGUUAUGAACGGGGAAUGGGUGGAAGAGGUGGUUAUGCAGAUGAGAAGUCCUAUGGCAGGUUUGGGCCACGUUCUUCAGGGGGGUAUCAAAAUGGGAUUUCCGGUAUAGAAUCCAAUCGUGGUUACGGAGACAUGCCAAGUGGUGGUGCACAAAGAGAGGGGUUGAUGUCUUAUAAACAGUUCAUUCAGGAGCUUGAGGACGAUAUACUACCAGCUGAAGCGGAGCGUAGGUAUCAAGAAUACAAAUCAGAGUAUAUCUCGACCCAAAAACGAGCUUAUUUUAAUGCUCAUAAGGAUGAGGAAUGGUUGAAAGAUAAAUAUCAUCCAACAAAUUUGGUUACAGUCAUUGAAAGGAGGAAUGAAAAUGCUCGACAGCUAGCAAAGGAUUUUUUGCUUGAUUUACAGAGUGGAACAUUAGAACUAAAUCCUGGUUUAAAUGCCUCUAUAAGUAAAUCAGGGCAAGCUAGUGAACCAAAUUCGGAGGAGGAAGCAGACACUGGAGGUAAACGAAGAAGGCAGGGUAGGGGAUCCAAUAAAGAAAAUGAUUUCUCAGCUGCUCCAAAGGCUCAUCCUAUCAGUACUGAACCAAGACGGAUACAAGCAGAUGUUCAACAGGCUCAGGCCCUUGUUCGCAAGCUUGACACAGAAAAGGGGAUUGAAGAUAAUAUUUUAUGCAUCAGUGAUCACAAUAGAAAUGAUGAUAAGGCUCACAGUGCAUCUGUGGCUCCCAUAGUAAUUAUACGAGGCCUAACAUCUGUUAAGGGUUUAGAAGGUGAUGAGCUUCUGGAUACACUCGUUACCUAUCUUUGGCAGAUUCAUGGUGUAGAUUAUUAUGGCAUGAUUGAGACUAAUGAAGCUAAGGGCUUUAGGCAUGUGAGACCGGAAGGGACAGCGCAUGAAGUAGUAGCAGGUAAAUCAGGUUCUGAAUGGGAAAAGAAACUUGACUUAUUUUGGCAAGGAAGGCUGAAUGGUCAGGAUCCCUUGGAAGUAAUGACUGCUAAGGAGAAGAUAGAUGCUGCAGCAAUGGAAGUAUUGGAUCCAUAUGUUCGAAAAAUUAGGGAUGAAAAGUAUGGAUGGAAGUAUGGUUGUGGAGCUAUGGGCUGCACAAAGCUUUUUCAUGCUACUGAAUUUGUGCUCAAACAUCUGAAGCUCAAACACCCAGAGCUUGUUGUGGAACAGACUUCCAAAGUACGAGAGGAUCUCUAUUUUCAAAAUUACAUGAAUGAUAAAGAUGCUCCUGGUGGAAUGCCCAUCAUGCAGCAACCUCAGAAGGGCAGGCCUUUAAAGCGAAGAGUUCUUGAGGGCCGAUUGAGAGAUGAUCGUGGUAAUCGACGAGACCAUGACCAGAGUGACAGAAUGAAUGGAGAUAGGCCUGAUAAUUCCCCAUCCCAUGAAGCCAUGAUGGGAAACCGUGAUGAAACAAUGUAUGAUUCAUAUGCAGGGCCAGGUGUACCGCCAUUUGCCUCUGAUAUACCUCCUCCACCAGUGUUGAUGCCUGUCCCUGGUGCUGGGCCUUUGGGACCCUUUGUUCCUGCUCCCCCAGAAGUUGCAAUGCAGAUGUUAAGAGAUCAAGGAGGAUCAUCAUACGAUGCCUCUGGAAGAAAGAUGCACUCUGGCCCUCCUAUGGGUGGAGGAUCAUCAAUAAUUGCUGUUCCUCCAACUUUUAGACCAGAUCCUCGGCGAAUGCGAAGCUAUCAAGAUCUGGAUGCCCCAGAGGAUGAGGUCACUGUGAUAGACUAUCGGAGUUUGUAGGUUCAUCUUUGGUGGCCGAAUCUGCCAUGGAUACUUUGCUGGGGGAUUUUAUUCUGAGUCAUGGGUGGAUAGACUUUAAAUUGUACUACAAUUUAGAUUUGAUUUGAUUUGUAUAUUUGUUGAACUAAAUUUCCUUUCCAUUAUAUUUUUGGGUGGACAAUUUCCUGAUUUAAUAAAAAAUGUAAAAGUGUCAAAUAUAAUUUCUUAUUUCAUAUAUUAUAAAUUCCAGUUUUUUAUUUA